AUGAUUAAAAUUUAUUAUAAGAAAUUAUUUAUAUCAAAAGAUAUAUUACGUUUAAAUAAAUUAUAUAGUAAACAUUUUAAAACUAAUAAUAAUUCAACUUUAAUUUUACCUUUAUUUUUAUGAAAAAUAAUAGAAAUUUAUAAUGGAAAAAGAUAUAUUCCUAUAAAUAUAAAUAAAAAAAAAAUAGGAUUUAUUUUAAAAAAUUUUAUAUAUAAAAAAAAAAAUAAAUCUUAUUUUUUAGAAUUUAAUAUUAAAAUAAAUAAUUAA